AAAUCCAUAAAAGCGUGAAGGUCACACUGAAAGCUGUCAGAAUCGCAGAUCUUUCUGAUUUCCUAACUUUUUUCGUGUUGUUCUUCCAAAUUGAGAGAUGUUUUCCAAAUUCCGGCAGUUAAAUGGAUUGAUUUUUAACACAGCCAGACGAACAUAUUCAAUUUACUCUACAGUUUACUCCGGCAACCCAAACAUGAGUCGCACUGAGAACCUGUUGAAACCGACCUGUCCUUACAGGCACAGACAGGCUCGUUCGCCAUCGACAUUUGAGGUCAAUAAAAACAGGGGCCAAUUUUACAUUGAUGUUGAAGGAAUGCAAGCGGUGUUACUAUUUAGCAUUCAUAAACAAGUAAUGACGAUAUGGAGUACGCAAGUACCCGAGGAACUCUCAGGACGUGGAUUGGGCAAACUUUUGGCGAAGUCAGCCCUUGACUUUGCCCUUUUAAACGGAUACUUUUUAAAUGUAAAGUGUGGUUUUGUCAAGCACUACAUCGAAAAAUAUCAUCCGCAAUAUGCCCAGUACAUGUUAUGAAGAGGAUUUUAAAUUCUAUGAUUGAUUUAAUUCAGACUAACUAAUAAUAAAAUUAUUCCUGCUUAAAAA